GUGCGGUGCCGCAGCCGCAGCCACGCGGCCCUCGCUCGCCGUCCUCCCGCGCCCUAUAAACGCCCGCCGCUUACGCACGCACCGCAGCAGCAACGAGCAACCGCACCCCAAUGCCUCCGCUGCUCCUCGCCUCCUCCUCCUCCUCCUCGCCGGCGCUGGCGCCGCCGCGGCCGUCAUGCAGGGGCCGCGUCAGGGUCGCCGCCGCCUCCGCCGGCGUGAACGGCCGCGCCGGGGGAGGAGGAGGAGGAGGAGGUUUCCCGGGGUUCCUCCCCGCGGCGGUGGAGCGGAUCCGCGACGAGCCCGCCAUCCGCCUCGCCAAGCGAAUCGAGCGAGUCCCCGUCCAGACUGGCUUCUCCCAGAGCCCGAUACUUAGCAGCUGCGUGAGGCCGCUCAAGCAGCAGCAGGACAGGGACCCCGUCCUUCUGCUCCAUGGCUUCGACAGUUCUUGUUUAGAGUGGAGGUACACCUACCCGUUGUUGGAGGAGGCUGGACUGGAGGCUUGGGCUGUGGACAUUCUUGGAUGGGGCUUCUCGGAUCUAGAGAAACGGCCACCGGGUGAUGUAGCCUCCAAACGGGAGCAUCUUUACCAGUUCUGGAGAUCCUACAUUAGAAGGCCUAUGGUGUUAGUUGGACCAAGUCUCGGUGCUGCUGUUGCUAUUGAUUUUACUGUCAACUAUCCGGAAGCGGUGUCAAAACUGAUCUUCAUUAGUGCAAGUGUAUAUGCUGAGGGCACAAGAGAUAUGACAAGAAUGCCUAGAUUCGUUCCAUAUGCUGGGGUUUUUCUACUGAAGAGUCUCCCACUGCGGUAUUUUGCUACUCUUUUGGCGUUUUAUAAAAUUCCAGGUGGUCCAGCUGGAUUGUUUGACUGGGUGCAAAUUGGCCGUCUACACUGCCUACUUCCUUGGUGGGAAGAUGCUCUUGUUGAUUUUAUGAUGAAUGGGGGUUAUAAUGUCCUAAACCAAAUAAAUCAGGUAAAGCAUAAAUGCCUGAUUUUAUGGGGAGAGGAGGAUGGAAUCAUUAGCAACAAACAAGCAUAUAGGUUGCACCAGGAACUCCCAGAUGCAAUUUUAAGGCAGGUACGGGAGUGUGGUCAUAUUCCUCAUGUUGAAAAGCCAAGUGAAGUGUUAAAACAUGUCCUUGAUUUUCUCGGAACUGAGAGGAGGCCAGAAAAGGCAGAGCAGGGUUCUUCCUUACCAUCGACAGUUGGGACCUGCUGAAACAGAAUUGGAUCCUUAAGGCUAGGGUGUAGAUGGUACAUGUACACUGUUGGCUCAAUGAUGCACAUGUGAGUCGGUCGAUAUGCUUGGGAAGUUGCAAUGCUCUGUCCAUGCUGUUCGACUCAGAAGAUGCUUCACAGUAAAGUUGGAAUUUGUUCUCAGCACAUGUUCUGUCUUCUGCAAAAGGGGGGACAAUAAUCCUGUUGGAGGUGGUUCCGAGGCUGUGCCACGGAGAUGGAAGAAUUGGCAUAGGAACAUAUUGAGCAGGACAUCUCUGCUGAUCAGCUGCUACUCACUUUUAGGUUGUUAGUCAGAUAGUGUUGCAAAGAUGUAUCAUUCCUUCCUCUGUUCUUUCUCGCUGAACAUGUUGAAUAAACUUCAAGUAUGUUUAAGACUGUCUAGACUGGGAAUAUGAAAGCUAUGUUUAUCUUUGGGCGAAA